UAGCCGCUUCAGUUCAAUCUCUCUCCUCAGCCCAAUCUCUCCAAUUGAAGCAUGGCAGGAUCCCCGAUCAGCCGCAGAAACGGCAGUGUUGCACUGACGUGCACUCAGUGACACUCAGAAAAGCAGCGAGCAAAGAAUGAACAUUCAGCAAAACCAGUCUCUGGAACUAACAGACACGUUUACAUCAUAUGAUCUUAAAAGCUGCGGAAAAACUUCCAUCUGAUUGUAAAACUGAUAUAACAAGUUCACUAGCUGUUGACUGUCCAAGAUCAGUCGGAUUCUGAGCCUUUAAAAUGGGAAACACACUGAUGAGGAGGAAGAAGAACUAUAAACUGCCCAGUGACAAAGAGGCAGAGAAAGUGGCUGAAGGCACAACAGCAGAGGAUGGAGAGGCCAAAAAGGAAAGCCAGGAAGAAGCCAAGUCCGUGGAGGGGGUCACGGAAGGAAAUGCCUCACAGGACAAGGAUAGCCCAGCUGAUAAGGCCACGACUGAAGCCAAAGAGGGAGAUAAGGAAACCGUGAACAAAGAGGAGAGCCAGAAGCCUGAAGCCGAAAAUUCACAGGCGUCCACUGAAGUGAAAGCAGAGGCUCCGUCUGCAGAGCCUGCUGCGGAGAAGCCUUCGGAGCCACCCCAGGCAGCUGCUGCUGCCAGCUCCACUGAGAACAAGCCGUCGGCAGCGGCCGAGCCCAGUAACGAAGCGGCGUCCACUCAGCCGUCCGAAACCCCGGUGGCUCCUGCUCCCGAAAGUAAAGCGGAAGACAAGUGCUCCGGCAAGGAUGAAGGGGAAGCCAAACAGACUGAGGCGUCGCCUGCCCCCGCCAGCCAAGAGCAAAGCAAAAAUGCCCAGCCCCAGAACUUGGACUCUGCCACAAGCACCAGCGAUGCCUCUUCCAAGGAGGCACCUGCAGCGGCAGAGGCUGCCAGUUCUGCCCCCGCUGGGCCUGCUGCCUCAGACAAUGCCACCCCAGCAGACACCACAGAGGGAUCUUCAGCUGUCACUGAUCAAACAUUAGCUGUGCAAGAAUAAUGGAUGGGCCCCAUUCGAAAACCACUCACAACCUGCAUUAAUUUCAAAUGUACUAACAAACUUGAUCCAAUUGUCUUUUACCUGAAAACGCCCAAGAGGAUAUUCUAACCACCCCCCCCCCCCCUCUCCUCACCCCACCUCCCCAUCAUCUGCCCCUAUCCCGUGAAAUUCCAUCAGGAAAUUUCAAGCCACAUUCCAAGAAAAAAAUCCUGGACUUAAACAUGAUGUCAGAAAGUUAAGUGGAUUGAACAUUAAACAGCUGAACAGUUAUAAUCGAUGUACCUCGCAAGUAUGUUAUGGAUCAAAACCAACAUAAAGGAUAAAGGUUGUGACUAUGCCGAGUGAGGGUUCGUGGGUUGUGCCAUUGCAUUCUGAUAUUUAGAUAACAUCUUGUUUGUUUUCCAGCCUGAUUUUACACAAUGAGGUACCACAUCCGUCAGAUAAAAGUCACUGUUCUCACUCUUCCACAACACACCUGAUGCAGAAGUAUUUCCGACUAACAUACACUUCCCAUUGUACGUAGCCUAUCUAGAUUUCUCUUGAUCAGUUAAUGCAUGUCCGUUGUUGGGUGCACCUGUAGUUCUGUUUAACAGUAAGUGGCAAACAAGUCUGCGUUCAUUGCAAUUCCAGCUUAUCCUCCAUUCAGUGUCACUAAUGCCUCCAUCACCUCAGCACAUAUUGAAGAUGAUGAGAAUUGUAAAAUGGAUGCAUUGAAAUUAUACGUGAUUGUAUUAAUGGUGCAACAGUAAUAAAAAUUAUGAAAAAAAAA